UUAAAUUGAAACCAAGGAUUUGCAUUUUGCCAAGCACUUAUUUUUCCGUGCUUUUAGAAGUUACUUUCUCUUCUUCUGAGAAAGAAAUCUUGAAUUUGGACGCGUAUCAAGAUGCUCUGAAGAACAGCAACAACCCUUUGAGGGACUACCGCUUGAACAUCAUGACCAAAGACAACAAAUGUGUUGUUAGAAUCUUUAAUUUUGUUUACAUCGUGACCUUAAUAGUUGGAACCAUAAUCCAAUUCUCUGAUGAAAGUAAAUUUGCAGUAGACAUGUCAAAAAUAGGCCUUACUCAUGUUCUGAAAGACUUGCCACCAGAAACCAAGGUCUUAGACAUGUCUCAAAACUGCAUAUCUGAGCUUCACCUCUCCGACGUGAGCUUUCUCUCAGGGUUGAAAGUCUUGAGACUUUCCCGUAAUAGCAUCCGGUACCUUGAUUUUAGUAUUUUCAAGUUCAACCCGGAUUUAGAAUAUUUGGAUUUAUCUCACAAUCAGUUGCAGAAGAUUUCCUGCCAUCCUAUCAUGAGUCUCAAGCAUUUAGAUCUCUCAUUCAAUGACUUUGAAGUCCUGCCCAUUUGUAAGGAAUUUGGCAACUUGACUCAACUGGAUUUCUUGGGAUUAAGUGCUACAAGGUUUCAGCAAUUAGAUCUGCUACCAAUUGCUCACUUGCAUCUAAGUUGCAUCCUUCUUGAUUUAGAAGGUUAUUAUGUGAAAGAAAACCAGACAGAAAGUCUUCAAAUUCCAAAUACAAAAACACUUCAGCUUGUUUUCCACCCAUAUAAUUUAUUCUCUGUCCAAGUGAACAUAUCACUUAAUAGUUUAGGGUGCUUACAACUGACUAAUAUUAAAUUGAAUGAUGACAACUGUCAAGUUUUGAUUAAAUUUUUGUCAGACCCCAUUAGACAGCCAACCCUACUGAAUAUUACCCUCAACCAUGUGGAAACAACAUGGAAAUGCUUGGUUAGAGUUUUUCAAUUCCUUUGGCCCAAACCUGUAGAAUCUCUCCAUAUUUGCAAUUUAACAAUAGUUAAAAGCAUUGGUAAAGAAGAUUUUACCUAUUCUAAAACGGCAUUGAAAGCAUUGAAAAUAGAACAUAUUACAAACAGAGUUUAUAUUUUUUCACAGCAAGUGUUGUACACAGUGUUUUCUGAGAUGAACAUUAUGAUGUUAACCAUAUCAGAUACACCUUUUAUACAUAUGGUUUGUCCUCAGGCACCGAGCACAUUUAAGUUUUUGAACUUUACCCAGAAUGUUUUCACAGAUAGUAUUUUUCAAAACUGUUCCACUUUAGUUAGAUUGGAGACACUUAUCUUACAAAAGAACGAAUUAAAAGAUCUUUUCAAAGUAGGCCUCAUGACUAAGAAUAUGCCAUCUUUGGAAAUACUGGAUGUUAGCUGGAAUUCUCUGGAAUAUCAUGGACCUGAUGGAAAUUGCCCUUGGGUUGAGAGUCUAGUGGUGUUAAAUUUGUCUUCAAAUAUACUUACUGACUCUGUUUUCAGAUGUUUACCUCCCAGGGUCAAGGUACUUGAUCUUCACAAUAACAGAAUAAGGAGCAUCCCUAAAGAUAUCACCAGCCUGGAAGCCCUGCAAGUACUCAAUGUUGCUUUCAAUUCUUUAGCCGACCUUCCUGGAUGUGGUGCCUUUAACGGCCUUUCUAUACUGAUCAUUGACUAUAAUUUAAUUUCCGACCCAUCAGCCGAUUUCUUCCAAAGUUGCCAGAAGAUUAGGUCAAUAAAAGCAGGGAACAAUCCAUUCCAAUGUACGUGUGAGCUAAGAGAAUUUAUCCAAAGUAUAGGCCAAGUAUCAGGUGAUGUGGUAGAGGGUUGGCCUGAUUCUUAUAAGUGUGAGUAUCCAGAAAGCUAUAAGGGAACCCCACUAAAGGACUUUCAUCUGUCUCAAUUAUCCUGCAACACAGCUCUGCUUGUUGUCACCAUUGUGGUCCCUGUGCUGGUGUUGGCUGUUACUGUGAGCAUCCUCUGUAUCUACCUGGAUCUGCCCUGGUAUCUCAGGAUGGUGUGUCAGUGGACGCAGACCCGGCGCAGGGCUAGGAACAUACCCUUAGAAGAACUCCAAAGAACUCUCCAGUUCCAUGCUUUUAUUUCAUACAGUGAACGUGAUUCUGCCUGGGUGAAGAAUGAACUAGUACCUUGCUUAGAAAAAGAAGAUAUACGGAUUUGUCUCCAUGAGAGAAACUUUGUUCCUGGCAAGAGCAUUGUGGAAAAUAUCAUAAACUGCAUUGAGAAAAGUUACAAGUCCAUCUUUGUUUUGUCUCCCAAUUUUGUUCAGAGUGAGUGGUGCCAUUAUGAACUCUACUUUGCCCACCACAAUCUCUUUCAUGAAGGAUCUGAUAACUUAAUCCUGAUCUUGCUGGAACCCAUUCCACAGAACAACAUUCCCAGCAAGUAUCACAAGCUCAGGGCUCUCAUGACACAGAGGACUUAUUUGGAAUGGCCCAAGGAGAAGAGCAAACGUGGACUUUUUUGGGCUAACAUUAGAGCUGCUUUUAAUAUGAAAGUAGCACUAGUCAUUGAAAACAAUGAUGUGAAAACUUAAAAAACAAGUCAGGAAACCAAACUUAACUUAAGAAACUGUCGACUUGAAUUCUGAUGAACUCCAUGGUUUUAAGUUAUUGUCUGGAUUGUGCCUCCAUUAUCUGCACGGGUUCAGUAGUGAAAACUGUGUUUGAACUGAGCUGGGGAACCAUGCUGGAGGAUGAGGUGGUGCUCAAACUUGCCAAUUACAGAUAGCUCAGUCUCUUCUGGUUUAACCACUCUGUUUCUCAUUCAAACAGUCUCUUUCGAGUAAGUGCUCAGUCAUUCAAGGACCUUUCCUCUCCUCUCUCCUCUCCAAAAUGGAUUCUGUGUGAGCAGGAGUUUAUGGCACUUCAUGGCGGCAAGGAAAGAAUCAACCUCAGAACAGUAUGCAGUGGUCCCUGGAGUGUCCUAUGGUUCCUCAUUGGCCUCUGGGUGAGCUUUGUCAUCCUGUUCAAUUUUGGGCCUUGGGAAAAAUUUGGAUGAGUUAUGGAAAAUAAAGAAGUGUUUUUUCUUCACAUCCGAAUAAUAGUUUAUUAAAUUUUGGACACUGCCACAUGAAUAUGCAAUUAACCAUCGGGACUCAUGGCAUAGUCAUUUAUGUAAAUGGAGGGAAAUAUAGACUUUAGUCAUUGGCUGUUGAGGCCCAAGACAUGGAUGUGUCUGCUUGCCAAGGAAAUUCAGAGCCAAAUUUAUUUGUAAUUGGUUAUUGAAUAGGGCUUUUCUGGCUAUCUUAGAAUUUUGGCUAAUGCCUCGAAGCUGACAAAGGCAGGAAAUGCCACCACAUUUAAAAAAGAGAUGUUAGACAUAGCCAGGGGGGAAUUAUUAAGAAAUAGCAGAAAGAGACCAGUGACUAUCAACCCAUAUUACCCAUUUCCAGAAGACUAGAUUCAAAAGGGUGAUUGGAGAGUCAUUAGUAGAGAUUUUACACGUGUGGGGAGAUUGCUUUGGAUUUCUUCCAAAGGUAAAUGAGACAUUUGUGAAUGAUGCUUGACAAAUAUAGGUGCUUGAUAAAUAUUUAUUGAAUAAAUGGACGAAUGUUUCCCACCUGAAGAAUUCAGAUGGUGAUAGGUUGGCUUGAUCAGCCCAAAAUGGCAAGAUGAGGAGAGAAGGGAAGCAGCAAUUGCAACAUUCCCUUCCAUUAUCUGGCACAGCAAAAGCAUGUGAGUUUCCUGUGGGCCAUGUUGAUCAUGGGAAGGGUAGCUGGGCUUGAGUUUUCAUGAUAGGGCCUCAGCUAAAAGGCAGCCUGUUAUGCAAGGGGACUAUAGUGGUGAGAGGCCAUGGGGUCAUGGGGCAGAGGCGUAUUGUGGGGGGUUGCUGCAAGAGGUCAACCAGAGAAUGUGCCACUUGUGUCAAAGAACUGUGCAAUGUGGGAUCCAACCGAGGCCUCUAAAUAAUCCACUGAUGCAUCUGUGAAAAGAGCCAAUAUUUGGACUCUGCCGUAGUAAGAGACAGAGGCAUGGUGGCCUAUCUGCCUUAUCCAACAGUUAACUGCAGGGAGAUUUGCUGCUCUUUGUCUAAUACACUCUCCUCUUGCAGUGGCCUGGGGACAUCCAGAAUAUAGAGAAGGCAGAGAAGAUGGAGGAAGAGUAAAGAAACUGACCACACUCCUUCCCCACUUCACUGCAAGAAAGGCCUGAGCAGGGGCCAAGCAGAAGUUUGAAUUAGGUGUGAGACUGAUGUUAAAUUGGACUGACGUGGACAUUUUAAUGCCUGAAACACAGGUGCAAUUACUAAAAUGAGACAUGUCACUAAAAUAUAUGGGACCUGCCCAAGA